CAAAUCAGCGACACAAGUAAUCGUUGACAGAUUAAAAUAGCAACGAAAUCGUGUUUUUUGUUCUUUUUUUUGCGAGAAAACCGCAAUUUGACCUCGGUCGAAAUCAGCCGCGGUUAUCGCCACGAAUUACCGUUCGACGAUUAGCUCUAAAUAAUAUCCCGGACAGAUACAAUCGAAUAGGACGAAGCUUUAUCGACGGCGCUUGGCUGUCAAAAUCACAUGGCGUCGCAAUGGCACCGUACAAAAGCUUUACCGUAGUAAAGCGAUAUUGGCGAUUUCAUGAUUUAACGAUGCUGGAUGAUGUGGUCAAAGUGAGGAGAGACGAAUGGGCUAGAUUUUAAAGCCCGCAAAAUCUAUAGACAUUAUAAAGGUAGACAGAUUAAGUUCAAAUGACUCCGAUCUCGAUUUGAUCGACUUAAAAGAUUAUAACCACAACAUCUGUUGACGUUCGUGCAAACGCACGAUUGAAGUAAAUGGCAAAAUGAUAGGCACAGCUGACGAGAAUGCCACGAGGAAGGCGGAGAUUGAGAUCACGUCGUCGAGGAAACAAUUGUCCACUCAAAACGCGUUCCAAGGUACGACGAUGCAUAAAGUAACAUCGGAAAUAUACACAGAAAAUGAUCAAAUCUCUGAGGAGCUUGACAAUGGCAAUGCGGUGACUGAAUUCACUUUUAAAUGCCCAUCUUACAUGAUUGAGGCAGAAUCCACAGCCGAGACGCUAAAUUAUGACAGUGACGAUGAUCUAGAUGUAGAUAGAGAUAAAGAAGGAGUAAUUCUAAUAGAGCAUAGUGUAUCUACAGAGCUCAAUUUAGUCGGUUUACAAGUGUGGAGAGCCGCUCUCUUGUUAGCCGACUACAUUCUGUCGCAUCAAGACUUGUUUAGAAAUCAAAUAAUUCUAGAAUUAGGAUCUGGAGUUGGUCUGACCAGCAUCGUAGCGAGUUACUUAGCUAAGGAAGUCAUUUGCACAGGUAAUGAAAAUACUAGUUGGAACCCGUCUGUUGAAAAUUUCAAUCCUAUUUGUUCAAAUAUUCCAGAUAUCAACGUAGGUGAUAUAUUAAAUUUAAUUGAACGGAAUUUUCUAAGGAAUUAUACAUAUGUUAGAUCGGGUUUUCAUAUUGAGGAAGUGAAUUUUUUAAACUUAGAAUGGCCUAACAAAUUGGAGGAGAAAUUGCAAAGCGCAAAUAUUGUAUUGGCUGCGGAUGUGAUAUACGACGACAAAAUCACGGAUGGAUUUGUUCGCACAUUGACGAAACUUCUAUAUACGAAAAAGAAAAAGAUAAUUUACAUUGCUCUCGAGAAAAGAUAUGUUUUCACUGUCGCCAAUUUGGAUACCAUUGCUCCGAUGUACGAAGAAUUUUUACGUUGCGUCGAAAAGUACAAAAUGAAUUGGUCUGUAGAUUACAUUAAUAUAGAUUUCCCGCGCUACUUCAAAUAUGAUAGAGUCAAACAUUUGGUUUUAAUGAAGAUACAGAACAAUACAAGAUCUGUUGCACAUACAUAACGAAUAAUUUUUUCAAUUAGAUACGCAAAUAAUAUAUUACGAUAACAAGUAAUAUGUUAUCGUGAUUAUCAUAAAGUAUGACAAUAUUCUAAAGAGAAAGAGAGCUUGCCACAUUAAGAACAAGAUCUCUAUAGACAUAUAUUUAACAAAAUAUAGUAUCACAAUUAAUGUAAGUUGUAAAAAAUAAUUAUAUAUUUAAAACAAGAUUGUUUAAUGAACAUGUACGUUUGUCAAUACAUAAUACGAAACAAACAGUAAAAAUUUAGCACAA